GAGAAAAUUCAACACUACUUUCUCCUCCACUUGAGAUAUGCGUAUAUAUAUAAAAGUAGCACAAACGAGUUGAUAGAUAACAAGUUUGAUUCCACUCAAGCAGCUUAUCAAAUGAUGCAAAAGAUUAUCAUUAUUGAUCUUUUCUAUAUUUUCCUUUCUAUUUCUAUAGGGCAGACAAACUGGGUUAGGGUUGGUUAUUAUCGUUAUUCAACAUACGAGAUCCCCGUUUCGAACAUAAAUUCUUCUCUAUUCACCCACAUUAUUUCUGCUUAUACCGACGUGAAUUCCACCUCCUACCAGCUUUCUUUUUCACCGGCUGAAGAAGAACACCUGUCUACCUUCACACAUACUGUGAAACAAAACAACCCUUCUGUCACUACGCUGCUAUCCAUUGGGGGUACAGACGAAAAUUAUGCAACCUUUUCUUCAAUGGUAAGCAAUCCUUCUCACAGAAAAUCCUUCAUCGAUUCCUCGAUAAAAAUAGCCCGAUCUUAUGGCUUUCAAGGCCUUGACUUUGCUGGGAGAUAUCCAGACACAUCUUCUGAUUUGUUUUAUGUGGGUGUUCUAUUUCAAGAGUUGAAAGCUGCUGCUGAUUUAGAGGCGAAAAACUCCAACCAGUCCCGACUAAUCUUGACGGCUCAGGUUGACUAUUCGCCAACGGAAUACUCAGAAAAUUACCCUAUCGAGCAGAUGCAACAAAAUUUGGACUGGGUCCAUGUUGUGUCAGAAGAUCUUACUGAUCCUCUCUCGAGCAAUCUUACCGGUGCUCCAGCACCUCUGUAUGAUCCAACUACUUUUUAUAAUACGAAUUACGGUAUAACAGAAUGGAUCAACCAAGGAUUAUCAGCAAAUAAAAUUGUUUUGGCUUUGCCUUUCGUUGGCUAUGCAUGGACGCUCAAGAGCCCGAGGGACAAUGGUAUUGGUGCAGCAGCAACGGGACCCGCCCUUUAUGAACCUGAUGGAUCAGUAACCUAUAAGGAAAUUAAGAAUUACAUUGAGCAAUAUGGUCGAGAUGCUCCUGUAAUGUACAAUUCAACUUAUGUGGUGAAUUACUGGUCAAAGGGAACAACUUGGAUUGGUUUUGACGAUGUUGAGGCCAUUAGAGCUAAGGUUUCUUAUGCCAAGGAGAAAAGGUUGCUUGGCUACUAUGUGUGGCAAGUCUCCUACGAUUUUAACUGGGUGCUUUCUAAAACUGCAGCUGAAGUGGAGAUAAAAAAUUUCACAGUUCAGGUGGAUAAAAAUUUCACAGGUCAGGUGGAUAUUGAAAGUAGAAAAAAUAAAAAGGGGUCUUCGUUUGUAAUCCCCUUGUCUACAACAGCUGCUGGUGCCCUUCUAAUAGGAAUAUUUUUUAUAUUUUACUGCUGGAGGAGAAAUAUAAAAUUAAAAGCAUCAUCUGCUGGAGAUUUUAAUUCCAACAUUCCCAGUCUGACAGAAUAUACGUUGGCGGAGAUAGAGGCAGCAACCAAUGGAUUUUCAAUUGAAAAUAAGCUUGGACAAGGAGGAUAUGGCCCUGUUUACAAGGGAAUAUUGCCAAAUGGACAGUUCAUAGCAGCGAAGAAACUUUCAAAAACAUCCACCCAAGGAUUUGAGGAAUUUAAGAAUGAGGUUAUGCUUACUGCUAAGCUCCAACAUGUAAAUCUUGUCCGGGUUUUGGGUUUUUGCAUUGACAAGGAAGAGCAAAUACUCAUCUACGAGUACAUGCAAAACAAAAGCUUAGACUGCCACCUUUUUGAUCCCAUUAGACGUCAUGUUUUGGAUUGGAAAAAGCGUGUGUAUAUUAUUGAAGGAGUUGUUCAAGGACUUUUAUAUCUUCAAGAAUAUUCAAGACUGACCAUCAUUCAUCGAGAUUUAAAAAUUAGUAAUGUGUUAUUAGAUAAAGAAAUGAAACCCAAAAUAUCAGAUUUUGGAAUGGCUAGAAUAUUUGCUAAAGAUGAUCUUGAAGCAAAUACAAGUCGUAUUGUUGGAACAGUUGGCUAUGUUCCUCCUGAAUAUGUUACAAAAGGCAUAUACUCUACCAAAUCCGAUGUUUAUAGUUUUGGAGUUCUACUUCUGCAAAUCAUAAGUGGCAAAAGGAUUUCCUCUUCAUAUGGUCCAAAUGAAAGUUUAAGCCUUAUUGAUUAUGCAUAUGAAUUGUGGAAUCAUGGUAAACCCACUGAAUUGAUGGAUGAAACGCUAGACGAUACAUCUUCAUCAUGUAAAUUAACAAGAUGCUUGCAUAUAGCUUUGUUAUGUGUCCAAGAAAAUCCAAUGGAUAGGCCAUCCAUGCUGGAUAUUUUUUCUAUGCUCAAAACUGAAACUCUAGAUAUGAUGAUACCACAAAAGCCUACUUUCUUGAAACAAAAUAAAUCUGUAGGAAUACACUUGGAAGGUCAUUCAGUGAGUACAUCAACAAUUAAUGAUACAACAGUUUCGGAUAUUUCAGCUAGAUGAAUUAUAAAUAUUAGUCUGCUAUUCUCUCAAGUUGGACAUGAUCACUUCCUUGUCGUUGUAGCUUCUUUACUAUUAGAAAUCAUAAUUUUGUAUUUCAUAGUUGACUAGUGAAAUAUUUACUUGUUAGAAUGUUGUAAUUUCCACUUGUCAAUGAGAAUUUUACAGUAAACACA